GUUUAAAGAUAUUAACGUUUCUGAAUACGGUUUCAACCUCUCAACUCUUGCUUUGUUUAAAGGAAGAAAGUUUUAUUACACAAAUUAUUUUUUUUUUAGUAAGCUAACACGUUAUUUCAUGCAUUCAUUUUUAUCUUUCUAAGCUUUAUGUUUUAGGCAUUAUUGCAGUAUCUGAAAUCGAUUAUUAAUUUUUGCCGAUGAUAUUAAUUCGAAUUCCCGCCUAACCGGUUAUUGACCACGCAUAUUUAACUUCAUUUGUUUUGCAUAUUUACCUGCAUUCUUGGUAGAACUUGUUUAAAGAAAAUUUAUAUUUAUAUAUUUUUUACGUUAAAAUUGGUAAUGUAAUUGAUUAAAAUCCCGUUUGUUUAAAGUGAGGCAUGGUAAUUGAACAAUACCCUCCAACCCAAACGCCAUUCCGGGUCUCUUGCGCAGACAGCUUUUCGUCACGUUAACCCGUAGCCGUGUUCUGUAGUAGAAAAUUAUUAUUUUUCGUGCCGUGGGACUUCAGCCGCCUUACAAUUCAAAAUGAGCCCACCAUCGUACAGUGACCUGGGAAAGAAUGCCAAAGAUGUUUUCGGCAAGGGCUACCACUUCGGUCUCUUCAAGCUGGACUUGAAGACCAAGACCAGUUCCGGCGUGGAGUUCGCUUCUGGGGCGACGUCGCAUCAAGACAGCGGGAAGGUGUUCGGCUCCCUGGAAACAAAGUACAAAGUAAAAGACUAUGGUCUUACGUUCACAGAAAAAUGGAACACGGACAAUACGUUAACCACUGAAGUGGUUGUACAAGACCAGCUAGCGAAGGGUCUCAAAAUUGCCUUCAACACCGCAUUUGCCCCCCAGACAGGGAGCAAGUCAGGGAAGCUGAAGACAGAGUUCAAGAAUGACAGUGUUGCGCUGAACUGUGACGUGGAUCUCGAUCUGGCUGGACCGAUCGCUCAGACGGCAUCUGUGUUCGGAUACAAUGGGUGGCUUGCUGGUUAUCAGAUGAAGUUUGAUUCACAAAGAUCAAAAAUAACUCAGAACAACUUUGCCCUCGGUUAUACCAGUGGGGACUUCAUUCUUCACACUAAUGUCAACGACGGCCAGGAGUUCGGGGGCACCAUCUACCAGAGGGUGAGCCCCAGGCUGGACACGGCCAUCCAGCUCCAGUGGACGGCCGGCUCCAACGACACGCGCUUCGGCAUCGGCGCCAAGUACAGCCUGGACGGCGACGCCUCCGUCCGCGCCAAGGUCAACAACUCCAGCCAGAUCGGGCUGGGCUACCAGCAGAAGUUGCGCGAAGGUAUCACCCUUACGCUGUCUGCCAUGAUCGACGGCAAGAACUUCAACCAAGGGGGUCACAAGAUCGGCCUGGCGCUAGAGUUGGAGGCUUAGUGUGCCCACGUCCUGGUCUCGCGUGCGCCCCCGGGAAGGUCGCAGAAGUCCGGAAGACGGCGGGCGGGAGAGCUGGCAGCGUGCCGGCGGCUGUGCGAUCCUGCACUCUGCCGUCGUUUCACUCGUCGACCCCUCGACCUCACCAGACUUUGUGGCGUUCCUCCGCGGGUGCAAGACGUGCAGUAGCAGGAUUCUAGAACACUGGGGAGGGUUUUGUGCUGCACCUUUCGUUUCUGCCGGCUGCCUCGUGGUUGUGUUUUUCUGCGGAGUUAUUCCCCCCCAACCCUGCACAAACUCUCGGCCCAAGCUCUUAGUUCCCGGUCCGGUAGUUGUCCACUAGGAACAAUGUCCGUUCGUGCUUUCGACGAUGGUUUAUUCGUGGAGAAAGUCGUCGGUGGCAGCCUUGUUUCUGGCAUCAUGAUCUUUAGAAGCUUUGAGGUUUUUGCUUUGACAACUGGCAUGAUCUGAGGCAAGAAUUGUGUAUGCGAAAUGUAAUUAAGCCCUACAGUAAAGAAAAUUGAAAAUUUGAUUAAACCUUGUUUUGAUAAAAAUUAUUGUCCUAUCAUUGGCAGUUUUUUUUUUGCAACUAUGUACAUAGUAACAAACACAAAUAGGUUUUAAAAAUUGUUUACAACUAUAGUGUGUGAACUUGCAGUUGAAAGCUGUUGCUUCCUUGUUUCUAAUAACUCUUGUAUUAUUUGGAUAUUUGGAAUGCAAGCAUAUUUUUGAUCCUUUUUUAUUUUAUGGCAGUAAUAUUUCAUUAAGUUCAAUUGUGUUGAAGUGCCAAAUAACUUUCAACCGACGUAGCUUGCCUUAGCAAUAUGGAAUAGAUGUACUGCUGUUCAUAUCUUUUAGGCAGAGCACCCUUUUGAAAUGGCCUAAACAGUAUAUUUUGUCAUUGUAGAUUAGUUGGAGUUUUGUGAUGGGAAAUGACAAUGAUGGCAACUUUUGUUAAGACUGCUUACUUUUAAUAUACAGUGUCUUGGUGUGUUCCUGAUUGCACAUUUUCGUAUCACAUUUUAUGUUCUCAGAUUCCUAGAUUCAGCUUGUUUUAACAAUGUGUUUUUUCUAUUAUCAGAAAUUUCACUCUGAAUUCUUGUCUCUGAACAUGUUAUUUUGACGUGUGUUUGUGUUGGUAAACCCUAGGUAGGCAAACUUGAUAUUAAACUCUCAAGCAUUCAGCGUCCUAUUUGUACAUCAGAUUUAAUCGUCGGCUGGAGUGGUACGCUGUUAAGUUCUACAGAAUGUAAUUAAUAUAUAUAUCCUUGGAAAACAAUUUUUAGAGGUAUGGAUGCAGUGCCAGGGACAUGUAUGUACAGGUUAAACUAAAUAAAUAGUUUUCUGAAACUUA